ACCGGAAACAUCAUCCGGUCAUGUGACAUUUGUUGUUUAUAGAUUUUUCGCCCACACCAGAUGCCUAGACCCUGGACAGAUAACAGAUGGUAUGGCCUCUGAGGACCCCCAAGACCAACUGGAUGAGGCUAUUAAAAAGGCAGAACGCCUUGCUAAGGAGCUCAACCAAGAGAAGGACCCACAAGCCCAACUGGACGAGGCCAUUAACGAGGCAAAAAGGCUGGCUGAGGAGCUCAACCCAGAGCGGGAAAAUAAGAAGAAAAAGACCAACAAGCCUCCAGGGAUUAGGUUCAGAUGGAGACAAAGGCUUGAGAGAGGACAGAUUGUUCCUCAAACCAGGAAGGCAACUACAUCCACUUCUCUUGCUCCAAGGGCCAGUACGUCAAGAGCCAGACUAGUGCAACAUUUUGUGCCAGUCACUGAGGAGGAAGAAUCAGAGACAAUGACCAGUGGAUUGGAAUCCACUCCAGUUUUAAACAUUGAUGAAGAAAUAGGUCGUUACAAUGUCACAGUGCCUGUGCUGACCUGCACAACCUGUCUUACCACCUGGACAGCAAACUUGGCAGAUCUGAUAAAGAAUGGACGCUGGCCUGCCACUGUCAACUGUGACACCAUAUACCAGGUAGAUCUGUUCAGCUCUUUUGAGGAGCUGAAAGUGUCAGCCCCAGGAAUGUCCCGUCUGGCGUUUAUGCGGAUUUUGGAGCAGCGAACUGACUUCUUUGGCAGGAACGGAAUGACCUGUGGGGACACUUUUCAAAAAAGCUUCUUUGAGUGGAUGUACUGCCACUCUGAAAUUGAUCAAGUCUGUGAUAUACAGUACUUUGACUGCCCAGCCUGUUCCCCCGGCAUGCUUGCAGUGUCAGUGGACGGGAACAAGAAGCUGUAUCGAUUCAAAAAAGGACAACAGCAAAAAUCCAGGAGGAGACCCAGACUCUCAAACUUUAAGAGUGAUUUGGGUGUAGGCGAUGAGACUGUACAACUGGACAAUGGAAGUUCAGCAAUGGGCUAAUACAGAGGAAACAAAUGAGAACAUGGAUGGUCCUCAGGUACUACAGAAUUGAAGUUCUGUUUCUUAGCAUCAAACAAAGGAAACAGAACCUCUAUCGUCAGACAGGUAGAUGCAAGAAAAGACACCUUCUGCACAGAAAGCUAUUGGAAGAAAAAGCUAAAUUGACAGCUGCCAUAGAGGAGUACAACACCUGUGUACCAGAUUCAGCAAUACCAUCUGCAGAUGAGAUCCUUUCCGCAGACCUUCAUGCAUGGCCUUGGGAGCUGCAUGGACAAACUGACCUACUCAAAGACAAUAGCCUUUGACCGGGUGAUGCUCCAGAGACAGCUGAAAGAGGAGGAGUUAACUAUCCUAAAGGAAGUCAAGCAGCACUGGGAAAGCCUAAAGAGGGAAUCGGAGAAUGUGCAAGACCUUGCUUCACACGUGACAGUUGACCUAAGCAGGAAAAGUAGGGGAACUUUCAUUAAUUGAUGUUGGCACCCUGUAAUUGCUAUUGUAUUUAAGGAAUACAUAAUUGUAUUUACCCUACACAUUACGAUUGUUGGUGUUCGGCUGGCAAUUGAAUCAGUCGGAAGUUGGGAGCAGAGGUCUCUUCUCCAUGCUUCAGAGGAGAGUCAGCAGCCUCAGAAGACACCAGGACUGUGUCAAACUGAUAUACAGCAAAGCGAUGGACCAAGACACCUCCCUCCUAGAAAAUAACUUCAUAGAUGACCUCCUGGUAGAGGACCUAGAUGACAUCUGACAGCAUCCUCUGAUGACGAGUAAUCUAUGACAGACUGAAGGUGUUCGUUUGGGUGGUUGCAGUUUGCACUGGGUGAAAAGUGAUUCCAUUUGUUUUGCAUAUGUGCUUCAUCUGCCUUCCUAAGGAAAAAUAGGGGUGUAUAAAGGUUCAUGGCAGAAAACAAGUGUAUGCAUAGAAAUGCUUAUAUAAACUGUUACAUCGAUGUUGACGCUUCUAGAAGUUCAAAAAUAGACACUCAACAGUCUAUAUGUGGCCUUUCAACCCCUAUACCCAUGACCCACAUGGCCUUAUAACCACACCUCUAUUGCCAUGGUCCUCAGCACAUCAUAUUCCUGAUAAGCAACAAUGAUGAAAAUUCUCAUUGCAUAUUCAAAAAAAGCAGUUGUGGAAUGAUUUGGCAUUCACUUUCACUAAAUAUGUUCCACUGACAACUAGCCUAGAGACCAAGCAGAUAGACGUUCUGCCUCUAUGCACUAAACAUGCUGCAUGCCAAUAUGACUCAGAGGUAGGCCUAUAUCCAACAUAAAAAAUGCAGGUAAAGUAAUAUAUUUAAUAGCAUUAUAUAUACUGUAUAUAUAAUCCAUAUAUAUGUAAGCUAUGUUGAUAUACACGCAGUCCUAUGUAUUAUAAUAUAUAGCCUAGCUGUGCCUAGCCUAUAGGCCUAUAAUAAACAUGGAUAUGAAUUGUCAAGGUCAGUCGGCCAAAAUGCUACAUUCUCAUCACUUUUGAUUAUUUUCUCAUUACUAAGUACUAAAGUUGAUCAGCCCAAUCCACUGCUCAUAACUAAUAUAUCAACAUUGUACUAUGUGCCUAGGCCUCUGGUCAAAAGUAGUGCACUUUCAAGGGAAUAUGGUGGCAUUUGGAAAGAAAUAAUCCAGUAUCUUUAUCCAUUGAACUAACAUUCUUCCAGUAGAAAGACAGAAGGAAACAAGUGACCUUUAAGUCUCAGAUUUGCAUUAAUUUGUUCCAACCAGAAUGUUGUAGCUUCACUAUAUUGGAAAAGGCCCUCGUAAAAUAAAAAAACGUAUAUGUUAA